ACCACCGGUAUUCCAAAAGAAACAAAGAAAGAAGACUUACUUCGACAUCAGAUUUCUCAUAGCUUGGAACCAACUACUCGGACUACUGAGCACCUCUGUCUCCAAGCCAUUAUCCCAGUAUCUAGCUAACUAGGUCCUGCUCUCCAGCAAAGGCUGAAAAGCGGUGGCUAUCUAUUAGCGUCUUGCUACCCCUACCCCCAAGGCUCGGUACAUACCCUCUGAUGUUGAUGAGAUCUCUAUCACAUGUCCAGUUGCUGGUUGUUCCAGCAUCUUCUGCUCUGGUUGCGCUGCUGGCAGUGGUGCUAAUAAGUUUGCAGUGGUCCUCAGCGGAUGCUGCGUUGGCCUGUGAAACGGAUACAGAAUGUAGAGCCCUCUUUGGUUGGCAGUCCAAGUGCUUGACAGGGGAGGAAGAAGGCAGCAGUGGAGCCCGAACCUGCAGCAGCCCCUUUCAGCGGGGAUGUUUCCAGCGUCUGGGCACUACCCCUGAGCUUCGCAGCAUUACACGCAUCUGUAACUCGGAUGAUUUCACGGCAUUCCAGGCCAAACACAACUUUACUCCAACGGACACGUCGUUGACAGGAGAAGGAGCCAGAAUGUCCUUAUGGGAACAAGCACGAACACACGAUUUCAUGCUAGAAUCAGAGAGGCGAGAGCUCAAGGGUCUGCUCUUGAAUCAUCAGGGAUGCCGACUAUCCGAUUUCAAUUAUCCGGAAAUGCGAAUAUACCAAGCCGACUGGGAAUCUAGUGUCUUCUUAUCCUGGAUAUACCAAGUACUACUCAUGGAAAUUCUAGAAGUACCCGUCGCCAUUGGCAUCAAGACGGGUGAAACAGCCACCAAUAGCUUUUAUGCUCCCGAAAACACGUUUCCUUACGGAGCCGAAACCUCGUACGCAGCAUACGCGGCGCUCGAUCAGGCUACCCGCCAACAGAGACGGUGGGGACACCACGAUUGUCUCAAGACCAAGAAGAAGUGUGCUCACGUCCUCCCGGAUAUCUGGAACACGGACUUUACGCCGUUCAUCUACAACAACAGCAUUGAACCUCCCAUUGCCAAUGGACAGAUUGCCAGGCAAUCACUCUACAUUCCGGCGCACACCGCGGCCACGUAUCCGGAUCUGGCCAUCUUUUACGGUCUCGAAGGAGAAGCGAAUCGACGCAAACUCGCAGACAUUUUCAAGAGGCCAACCACUUGGGGCGACUAUUGUCGCGAGGUGUCUUCCAACAAUUGCACCGUAUACGACAAUACAACAACCGUAGACGAUGUCACGGCUUUACGAUAUCCCGAGGAUGAAGACGAGGCCGCCAUGUAUUACUCGGAAGGACUGUACCAGGGAUACUUUCGAGCCACGGAAAAGAACGAUUGCGACAUCAAUCCCAAUUGCACAGGACAUGUCGUGGCCCCUCCUUGUACCUGGAGCAUCUUUUUGGACGCUCAAAUCUUUUGGAACAAUCUCGUUGGCCUCGAAAUCAGCGACGGGCCCAAUGAUUUCGGCCGCUACAACUACGGAACAAUCUACGAGGUCUGGAGAGCGGCCAAUGCUACGAAAAGUCACGUUAUUGUGGGUUGGUACUCACCCGAGUUGCUGCUAGAUGAGUUUGCUGAAUCGGACUAUGCGUUCCAGAAAGUCAUGUUGCCAUCGGCUACCGACGUUUGUCAAACGCAUCGCACCACUCGAGAAGAACGAUGCAGCGAAGAUGUCUGGGAGAGACGAGGGGAUCCACUCGGGGCUUGCGACAAUGAAGCCCAGGGCCUCCUGAAAGUGGUGGCCGCUUCCGUGCGAAACUUCAAUCUGGACCUCGACAAGGCAUACCAAUCACCAACCUACGAUUUUCUCAAAAACGUCCGCAUCACAGAGCUGGAGAUCAGUCGGAUGUUUGCAAAAUGGUUAUCCUACGAUAAUGAUCGAUACGGCAAUGAUGCGAGAGAAGCCGUCUGCAGUUGGAUGGUCGACAACUACGAAUUGUUGAAAUGGUUUUCCCCGCCUGGUUACCCCAGGGAGCUCUCCGAGCAAUCACAGUACGAAUCAUGGUGGCUCAUUCUGGCACAAAUAUUUGCCGUCUACGUGGGAUUUGCUGCACUGAUUGGUGUGGGACUCUGCUGGCAUUACAGAGAAACCAAAGUCAUGGUCUUUGCACAAAUUGAAUUCCUUGUUCUGAUCUUGCUCGGAAUGGUCAUGACGUGCGUGGGUUCGGCAUUAUUGGCCGCAGAGCCGACUCAGAAAACGUGCAUCAGUUUGACGUGGUUCUUGCUCAUGGGAUAUACAGUCGAGCUGGUGCCUGUGUUGGUUAAGACUGCCGCCAUCAAUACGUUGGUUCAAUCUGCCAAGAAACAAAAGAGAGUGAACAUCAGUCGAUGGAACCUCCUCAUGUAUAUUUUUCUCUGCCUGGCGCUUGUGGCGGGUUUCCUUGUCUUUUGGACGUUGUUUGACGCCAUUGAUCGAACGGAAAAUCGCCGAUUGGUCCCCGGCGAAGAGAACAUUGUCGAGUCCGACCUCCGCUGUACGUCCAACUACCCUUACUUCAAAUUUGUCGCCUAUGGAUGGGAAGCCUUGUUGCUCUUGAUCGGGACCGUUCUUGCCGUACAGUCAAGGAACGUCUUGAAGGAAUUCAACGAAUCAAAGACGCUGGGGAUUAUGAUCUAUUCUCAUUUGAUGUUCAUGUUGUUGAGGGGUAUCUUCAAUGUCUUUUAUCUCAGUGACAUGUUCUCGAUGGCAAUGGUAGCAGCCUUGCUCAGUUACAACUGGACAUUGGAUACCUUGAUUGCCAUGUGUGUUUAUGUACUUCCCAAGUUCAUCCAAGCAAAGUUUGAACCAGCGCCAUAUAAAGACAGCCGGGUUUCCUCGUAUGUAUCCGGCCGAGUCUCGUCGUAUCCCGAAGAUGAAGACAUCAAGGUGCUCUGUUGUACUGCCAACAUCGGAAAUGCCGAGCCGACGAUGGAGUCGAUGCAGGCAUGGAUUCCGUUGCAAGGCAAGCGCAGCUUGGUUACACCCUUGGAGGACCAUGAUCCAGACUUGAAGCAAGGGAACUUCCAUUUGAUCGUGAUUGGGAUGCAGGAGUCUACCUGGAAAGAAAGCACGGGGCGCAAGAGCUCGAUGGACGAACUAGGACACUCGAAAAAGGAGCUUACGGAGGACGAAAUCCUGAAUGCCAUGGAGGACGCCAACACUGCUGCGUUGAAAGAUAUGAUUCAGAAGACUUUGGGAGUUGACUAUCACAUGGUAGCAGAAGACUUGCGAGGCCAGAUGAGGCUAUUCAUUUUUGCCUUGGUGGACAUUUAUGAUGACAUUGACACAGUUCGGAUCAGUGGAGCCAAUACUGGCAUCGGUGGGGUUAUGGCCAACAAAGGAGGAAUCGUAGUGACACUCAACUACAAGACAACACGUCUCAGCUUUUUGUCGGCACACUUGGCUGCUCAUGAAGGAGAGUCUUACUAUAAGGCUCGUUGCGACAAUAUAGAGACAAUCCUGACGGAAUCUCGAACUUAUGAUUUGAGCAGCAAGUUGGGCGCCUCCAUUUCAAGUCAUCAUAUGUUUGUCAUGGGCGAUCUCAACUUUCGAACAAAGUUCAAGGAAGAGAUGACGCACGAAGCCAGUGUUCAAAAGGCCUUGAAUUUGAUUGAGCUCAAGGAUUACGACGCUUUGUACGAGUACGAUGAACUCAUUGAGGGGCUAAGGAACGGUGAUCUUUUGCUGGGUUUUCAAACGUUGCCGUGUUUGUUCCCUCCUACCUUCAAGGUCGAGCGCGAAGCUGGCUUCAAUUACAAGAGGCAGCGCACUCCUAGCUACACGGACCGAAUCCUUUUCAAGUCAGCGGAAGGCCUCAAAAAUAACUUGGACCCACUAGCCUACGAGGCCUGUGUUGGUUUCGAAACGUCAGAUCAUAAACCAAUACGCGCGGCGUUCUCCAUCGCUCCAAAUGAACUUAAUGGAACACCAAUAAAGGACGUCGACGUUCGCAUUGUGUUCAAGAACAUGAGGUGCAGAGAUCUUCCCGCAGCGGACAGCAAUGGACUCUCAGACCCUUACUUGAUGUUCCUUUGGGACUCCAUUGAUCUUCGGCCCGAGAAGAAGUCGUUCAAAGACAAAAUCAGGAAACUGGUGAGCGGAAAGAGCUGGCCAAGGACUAGCGUAAGAGACCUGACUCUGCAUCCAGAUUGGAAGGGCGAACGCAUCGCCCUGUUUGCAAGAAACGUCAACAUCACAGACGAAGCCAACCUUUACGUUGUGGCCAUGGAUUCUGAUACAAUCACGUUGGCAGACGACUUUUUAGGUGCCAUUGCGUUGAACGUGAGAGGAUUGGUAGAGAUGCAGGGUGGUGAGAAGGAAACGACGAUAGAGGUCGAUCGGGUUCUCGAGCGAGGAGGAAAGUACUCGGGUCGGUUCAAAUGCGACAUCGACGUAAAACUGGUGACCAGAAAGCCAAGCCUGAACUUUUCAGGUUACUUCUCCACCCGAAACAUGAAUUCCACCGAAAUUGGCCCUCCUGUAGCUUUGCUCUAGCUAUGACUAUUGGCGGUGGACACUCAUCAGUUGCUCGCUCGAUCAUCACUUCAAGCAAUGACGGACUGAAUUGGAGGCUGGGUUGGACGUCCAGACAUUUGAUCCAUGGGUUGCUCAAGAGCGAGUUUUGCGCAGACUCUUCCAAUGACUCAAGGUCAUCAUUCGCAUCCGAGGACAAGCCUCAAAUGAGACAAGUGGCGCCUACUUCCCGGGAUGUAAACGUUCAACAUCCCACCCUUUCCUGUUGAAGAGGUCUAUGCCAAAUGAUUCGAUUCAAUGUUUGUUCCGCGAUUCAGAGAAGGCCAUGGCACCUUGGCAUCGAUGCGAUUUGAGCGCUAGUAUGUGGUGGUCGCUCCAUUUUCUGGGAGUGUUCGGAAACGGCCGAAUCGAAUCAAAAUGCACGAGGCAGUACAAGGAUUCGAUUCACAACGUCCACGAUUUUCGAGUGUCUGGAACGCAUCCCUCUCUUUGAGUCUUUCCAUCAUGGAACGUCGGAACAAGCAAUGCGACUCGUGUCGACAACAACGGUUCCCUGCGCCAAUUUCCAUGAAUCGAUAUCACGCGUUUGGUUGUGCUUGGGAAACCUCUGAUUUGAGUCGAUUCGGCUUUCGUCCAAAGCAAAAGCAAUCGGCAGAACGUAAUCCAACUUCUCUUCCAAACCAAUGACAACCCACUUGUAUAACUGAUCCUUGGCCGCGCACUAAGUAAUUGAUUCAUGGUGUAUGUAUUUGAUUUGAAUAGUCUAUGUUGUUCCAGUAUCCAUUCGUUUUUAGAUUGAAUAAUAGCUCAACCAAACCCUUG